GUAUGUUGGAAAUUCAGUGCUUUCGAACACUUGGCGGCGUCGUGAACUGAUCGCUCUUCAAGAACUCUUAAUCUGUGAAAAGUUUUAUAUAUUUUUUAAAUAAUUUUUACAUGAAAAAUUCAUUUAUAUUAAAAACAAGCGAUUUCGUGUAUGAUUAUCGGAAGUAUAAAAUAAUUCUUUCAAUGUUCUGUUUGUGAAAUUUAAAAUUGAAAAGGAUAAACAUACUUAUCUACAAUAAAUAUAAUAUAAUACGCGGUUGUAUAUUAUAUUUGCAUUAGUACAGUUAAAAGUGUUUUUUUUUAUAGUUUAAAAGUGCAGUAAUAUAGUCGCAAAUAUUGCGACGCAUUAUAAAAUAUAAAAAAGUAUACACUUCUUGUUCGAAAUAACCAAAAAGCCCAACAAUGUCCCAACCAUCACAUCUACCACCACAGCCCAUACCCAUUUCGGUGAUAAAUCGUGGCACAGCAGCAACAACAGCCGAGCAGCGGCGUGCGAGUUUUGCGCGGCGCGCUGAGAGUUUGGUGGAGCGGGUGAGAGUAUUGAAUCAAAUAUAUGAGGACGAGACUGCAAUAUUUUGCCAACCACAUCACCACCAAAGGGGUUUUGCUAAAUAUCUUGUUAAUACGGACAAAAGUGGCGAAUUGACCGUAACAGUACAGGGCGACUUGACACAACAAGAGAAACGUGCGGUCUUCAUUACAGUCCACGAUCUGGGUUGCAAUCACAACUCAUUUCAAGAAUUUGUCAGCAGUCCAUGCAUGACGGAAAUCAAGGAGCGUUCUUGUUUCAUACACAUCGACGUUCCUGGACAUGCUGAUAAUGCUGAGCCGUUACCGGAUAGCUUCCAGUUUCCCUCGCUGCAAACACUGGGCGAGGAUCUCAUUACCGUUUUGGAUUUUCUGCACGUCAAAUAUGUGAUUGGCUUGGGCGAAGGUGCUGGUGCUAAUGUAUUGGCUCGCUUCGGUUUGGCACAUCCAUCGCGAGUGCUCGGUUUGGUGUUGAUCAAUGCCACCGGCAGCGCUGCCAGCGUUCUACAGUCAUUCAAAACUAAGCUUAUACAGUGGAAGAACGAUGAUAUUGCACAGUCGGCUGAAAGCUUUUUAAUGUAUCACAAAUUUGGACAUCAAUUGGUUGGUGAUAAUCCCGAUAAGGAAAAGAUCGUCUCCGAAUAUCAAAAGCGUUUGCACAGCACUUUGAAUAGCAAAAAUGUGGGACUCUACGUCAAAGCUUUUAUGAGCCGCAAAGAUCUUACAUUGAAAGGCUGCAAGAUUGAUGUCAUCUUAAUCACCGGCAUGUUGAGUCCCUAUGCUUCUAUGGUUGAGAAGUUGCACAAAGAUGUGGAAAAGGAGAAGGUGACUAUUUUGAAAAUAGAACGCGCUGGCGAUGUCUUGGCUGAUGCGCCUGCCAAGGUAGCACAGUCUAUUUUGCUCUUCUGCAAAGGUCAAGGCAUUCUAACCUCUGUGGUAAUGCCCGGCGUUGAUCGCGGACGCGCUUACUCCACAAGCUCCGGUGGUUCUGGAGACGGACAUAAUGGUUCACGAAAACUAUCACGAGGUGUCUCUAUGGAAGAUUACGACAAGCCAAAUAUACGCCGAUUGAGUAUUAUCAACAACGAAUCACCGAAGAAUUUAUUUGCUUAUAACAACCAAUUCCUAGAAUGAAAAAUGAACGAACUGCCACCAACAAAACCUCCGCGCGGAGUUAAAUAUGGAAAAGAUGAGUCUGGUUGCGGUUUUCUCGUCAAUGUCAUCAAAUCAUUGGGCUUCAGUGAGACAACAGAGGAGCGUCAACAGGAGAAACUUAAGAUUGAAAAGGAGUUCAAGCGAUCCGAUCAACGUCUAAAUGAAUUGGUAUCGCGACAUGAUCAGCAGUUGACACAGGUUCUGCCGCUUUUCAGCCAAGUGUCUACAGAGGUCACAGCGAGUCGUGAACGCAUUCAUGGUGUAAAGGAAAAUCUGGGUGCCUGUAAGCGCUUGUUACAAUGCCGACGAGAUGAGUUGAAGAAGAUGUGGACAGAUGCCGUGCAGCAUAAAUAUGUGCUCGAAAUGUUGGAACAAAUCAACGAAUUGCGUAAAGUGCCUCAAAGUGUUGUCAGUUAUACGACAAAACGGCAAUAUUUACAUGCGAGCAAAGCGCUUACAGAUGCACUGGCAACAAUACAAGGACCGCUGAACGGUGUGGAAGGAUUGGCCGAUUUACGUGUUGACUUACAAUCACGACGGCAACAACUUUAUCAACGAUUACAUGAAGAACUUGUUACACAAUUGUAUAAAAAUUCCGCCACAGAGGCUUUCACUACUUUCCAACGUAAUAAUUCCAAUCGUCUGAAUUCGAGUUUUACACGUGGCAUUGGAGCGCGACGCUCCACAGAUCGGAUGGAGGCGAAUACUCGUGUACGUAAAGCUCUCGUGGAAAUGGCGCAAGGUUUUGAUCUUGAUAAAUCGGAAGUAAUUGAUGACGCAGAUUUAGUCGACCCAGAAUUGAGUAUGACUUAUUUUAUUUCAAUUAUUGUCGAAUGUUUCGGCAUGCUUGGCAAAGUGCCUGAAUCAUUAGAAGUAUUACGCGUCCAAAUACAAACUCAAUUAUUAGAGGUAGUACGACAAACAACGUAUCAAUUGAUUGCACUGAAUUCUAAUGCAAAUGAACGCGAUAAUCCAUUAUUAACAUUACUGGAAGUUAUAUUUAAACAGUUCAAAGCAAUUGCAAAGACGCAUGCUUUACUAUUAAAAAAUUAUUUAGCAGUUGUACAAAAGUAUGCGGUCGUGGGACCACAGCCAUACGAUUUAACGGAUUUUUGGGCACAGGCACAGUCUGUGCUUCAAUUGCUUUUGACCGAUUAUUUGGAUAUACAAAAUGCUUCCGGCGACGAUGCAGCACAGUCGGCAUUCGCUGAGCCGUCUAACAAUAUAAAUUCAUAUUUUCUGCGGCGAAAAGUUCCAAGCACCAAAAAAUCACUAUUCAAAUUCGAUAAGUCGCCGCAAGUCACUGCAGGCGUUGGGACUGUGAAGGAACAUCGACGCAAUGCCUCUGACGUAUCUACAGAUGAUAAUCUAACAACAGCAGCGCUCGGCGGUGGCAGUGGUAGUGUAAGUGGCAGUGGUAAUUUCGUGCAAGCCAAACAACAACGAGAGAAGGUGCUAAUCUGCAAAGCUGACCAGAAUGUGAUAACUAAAGUAUAUUUGCCCCUUAUGAACUGCAUACAAGAGAUCGAGGGCUUUAUGAAAUGCAAGCCAGGGCAACCCUGUAGUUUACACGAUUUCAUCGACAAUUAUAUCAAGGAUACGUUCCUAUCGAAGGGCCACAAUCGUAAUCUACAAUUAACCAUCGAAUCACUAUCGAAAAAUCAGGAUGCAUGGCGUACGAUUAUAACGCCUGAAGAGAUGAAAGCAAUGGGUUUGUCCCGUCCUCUCCUACAAUCCACAGCCAUGGUGGAGCGUCGUCUGCAAGAGACCAAAACGCUUAUACACGAGUUGCCAUGCUAUUCAGAUGAGUUACUGAAAAUGGUAUGCGCGUUGUUAAAAACAUACCGUGAGAUAGCACAGGCGGCUUAUCGCGGUGUGGUUCAACCCGAUUCGGAGGACAAACGCAUAUAUAGUGUGGCAUGGUUAAAAGAUGAGGAUAUAAGUCGGUUUUUAAAAACACUCCCCAAUUGGACCGAUUUGAAAACAUCCAGUCAGCGUGUGAAACAUGGCAAGAAGCUGCAACGCAACUCUUUCGAACCGUCGGAGGAGGAAAGUCCACUGCAAGUGCAGCAACGCAAUGUACGUGAAGCUGAAAUGUUAACCAGCAAUUUGGGCGAAGGUGGUAUUACACAACAGGAAAUACUAGCGGAUAUUAGUGUGUUAAAAGAAUUGGCUGUCCUACAGGAGAGCAUAGAGUGGUUCUCUGGACGUGUGUCGGAGUUUGCCAAUGAGUUACGUAAACCGUUAGUGAAUGGCCUUAAUGUCAUAACGUCAGAGUGCACGGCUACACACUCGGCCGCAGUGAAAGAUGGCACUAUCAAAGUAUUGACUAAUUUAGCUCUCGAGUUUGAUGAACUGGCCAAUACGUGUUUGCUGGUGCUGCACUUGGAGGUGCGUGUACAAUGCUUCCACUAUUUGCGCUCGAAACCUGCUACUACAUCGAACAAUUUUAUGAGCUCUAAAGAUGAUGACAUACUCGAACCCGAUCGGCAAGUGCAAAUGCUAACUAAACGUUUAUCGGAAAUGGAUGAGGCGUUUAGCGCAACAUUGCAUCCGCGCAAAACAAGGUAUAUAUUUGAAGGGUUGGCGCAUUUAGCCGCUCGCAUACUCAUACAAGCCUCAAACUAUCUGGAGCACAUCGAUCAAGUGACAGUGCAACGCAUGUGUCGCAAUUCCAUAGCUUUGCAACAAACGCUAAGCAAUAUAACAGCUUCACGUGAGGUGGCGCUAGAUCAAGCAAAGAACUUUUAUGAGUUACUGUGCAUGGAACCAGAUGAUAUUUUGACCAAUAUUGUGGAGAAAGGCUCUCAGUUUACUGAAAUGCAAUACCUCAAUGCUCUACAGUUAUCUUGUAAGGCGAGGGGUAUUACAGAUGCUAACGCUCUGGCGUCGUAUCAGCAAAGGUUAUCGGACAUUUUGGGAGCAAAACCCUCCACGGGCAUUGUUGUUUAGAGCUGCUUUUCGUUAAUUCCGUUAAGCAACAUGAAACUGAGUUGCUCCAGCGACACUACACUAGCAAUUAAGACUGUUCGUUUCGCUUAACGAAAUGUACUUUUAUAUUUAAAGUGAGAGUAAUGUUUAUGCAACAUGCAAGUGUUAUAACAUAGAUCGUAAAAGGACUUUAUUAAUAGCAAAAAAAAAGCAUAUGGCUAAAAAGCGCUACAUACAAACGAAAAAAUUAUACAAUGGUUGAAUGCAUUGAAUAUUAAUAAGUGCACGCAUUAACUCACUCGUGAUUCGCCUGCAACAGUUCGGUUUAUUAUUAGCUAUUAUUAUAUAACAUUGAUACUAUUACAAAGUGGAUAAAAUUAUAUAUAUAUAUACAUACCAA